GCGAUCGCAAACCCGGAAGAAGCCUCUGGUUGCUGGACUGUACCAGCCGGCUUGGUAUUGCCAUGCAGCUCGAAGAGGUAGGUCUGGUUCCCGCUCCAGCGAGGGAGCCGAGACUGACCCGCUGGCUGCGGAGAGGCAGUGGGAUCUUGGCACACCUGACAGCUUUGGGCUUCACCAUCUUUCUGACUGUGCUGUCCCGGCCAGGAACCAGUCUUUUCUCCUGGCACCCUGUGUUCAUGGCCUUGGCGUUCUGUCUCUGCAUGGCUGAAGCCAUCCUACUCUUCUCACCUGAACACUCCCUGUUCUUCUUCUGCUCCCGAAAGACCCGGAUUCGACUCCACUGGGCAGGGCAGACCGUGGCCAUCCUCUGUGCUAUCUUGGGCUUGGGCUUCAUCAUCUCCAGCAAGAUCCGCAGUGAGCUGUCCCAUCUGGUGUCCUGGCACAGCUGGAUAGGCACCCUGACACUGCUGGCCACUGGGGGACAAGCACUGUGUGGGCUCGGCCUCCUCUGUCCAAGGGCAGCCCGGGUCUCAAAGGUGGCUCGCCUCAAGCUCUACCAUCUGACAUGUGGCCUGGUUGUCUACUUGAUGGCUACAGUGACGGUGCUCUUGGGCAUGUACUCAGUGUGGUUCCAGGCCCAGAUUAAAGGUGCAGCCUGGUACCUGUGCCUGGCAUUGCCGUUCUACCCGGCCCUGGUGAUCAUGCACCAGAUCUCCAGCUCUUACUUGCCAAGGAAGAAAGUAGAAAUGUGAAUGCCUCUGAACUCUGAACCUAGGUGAGAUUCUUGCCUUGGACUUCAGCAGUUCCUUGAUCCUCAGGGGACCCACUUCAGAAGCAAAGUUUUGUACUUCAUGGCUGAGCCAAAGAGUGCAGAAACCCUAGCUGCUACUGCUGAGGGGUGAUCUGGUGGGCUCCAAUGGGGAAAUGUAUUACUGGGUGCAAGUGGAAGGUUCUGGAGAAACUGAAGCCUCACUCUUGAUGGCUUCAAGAAGGAUUAGGUGGUGGUGGUGAUGGGAUGGUGGUGAUGACUUGCUUAUGUGCCUGAUGAAGAGUUGAGUUCCUCUUGGUUAUGAAUAACAGCCACAGAUAUUGGGGUCCCUUCUGAAAAGGCAGUACUGUGGAGAGCCCAUGGUCUCUUAGGCUGUGUUGUACAAUCAACCUUAGACAAGUUCCAUCUCAGGACCUCAGUUUCUUCAUCCGAAAGGCCCUUACCUUAACAUUUAGUGUCUGGCAGAAUGAUGUCACUGGAUACCCUCUUAGCUCUGGACCAUGCAGACAGCUCAGGAUGUAAUUCUUUCAUCCAUUCCUCCUUUGCUCUCUUGGAAGGACUUCUCCAUACUUGUACCCUUCGGAAUUCUGUGCUGACUUGACUCCUGAACCAAGGAACAAGGGCCACGAAUCAUGGAAAGAAGGGACUGUGGUGAGGGUUCCCGGACAGUAAGAUAGUAAAGGCACAAAAGUCACUUUAAAGUUCUUUGGAGGAACAGGAGGGAAUUGGCCUUAACCAAACCUAGACUCUUGGACUCCUUAGCUCAGCUAAGAACUUCUUCAGGCUACCUCUGGGUCUAGACUGUAGAGUCUGGGUAUGCUCCUGACAUCCAUUCUCAGGGUAGAGUAGUUCUGGGCAUCUUAUACUUUGCCCAUAGGGCUUAGAGGAUUUACUUAGCACAUUUCUCCAGAGAACUAUUCUGAAGCUUUCAGAACAAAAUAAAAACCAAGCAGUGGGACCCUCUUGAUCCAAGAAACACAGUGUUUCCCUGGUUGCCCUUCCCUCCUUUUCAUUUAAGGUUCCCUUAGUUGUUGUCUCCUGCCAGUCCCUCGGCUUAAGAGUGGGAUGAUUUCAGUACCAACUGGGCUCUCUUCCCUACCAAGAUACCUCCUUGGUCCAACUGAGUUCCCCAGAGCAUCCUUGGUGGUGAGGGCUGAUUGUCAAACUGGUUAGCUGUGGUGUGGGUCAGUCCAGGAGACGGGCCUUGUAUAGAUCCUAGUAAGGACUGGAGACUGCUGAUCCAGGAAAGGUACCCGUGCAACUUUCUAUCUGGGAGGCCUGCAGUACAGGGGCUGGAGCACCAGGUCUAGAGACAAAGGAAAAGUGUCAGUUGUCUGUCUCAGAUCCUCUGAAGAUUUAAGGCUUCUCCGGGUGACUCAGAAACAAGGCGGGUGGGAUUCAAUAGUACAGGAAUGGGGACCGUAGGGCAGAAGUGUCCUGUCAGUGGACCUCACCAUGCUUUUUCCCUGGGAGAUAGCAUCUCUCAUCAGCUAUCUAAAUACAACUUACUGAACAGAAGCGCCUGCAGUGCAGAGAGGAACCAUUCUUGUUUUUUGUUUUUUUGUUUUUUGUUUUUUUCAAUGCCCUCUCUCCCUGUCAAGCUAUCCAGUGUACUGCGGGCUUGGAAGGAAUGGUUACUGGGCCACAUGAAAGAGAUUCUCACUAGGGUCACUUUGAUGCCAGGCUCUUUCUCCUUCCCACAUCAAGGCCAGUUCUGGGGGGCUCCCCAGGGUGGGCCAGGUAAGGUUCAGCAGCCUGUUCUCAGAGCACAGAGGCAAUGCCGGAAAGCCUGAGCCUGCCUGAGGUGUUGCCUCCUCCCAGGUGGUGCGGGGGCUGGUGGGCGGGCAGGCAGGCGUGCUGACAGCCGGCAGUUUGCGUGGGCUGUGCCAUCUGAUGUCUAUUCCCAGCCCUGGGAGGAAGGGGAGUCAUUUAUAUUCUGCAGGAAGAAGGGACCCAGCUGUCGCUUCCUCUGACCAGUGGGCCUGGAGGACAUUCGUGCAGAGCAGAGAGGAGGGCACAGGUAGCGGUGGUCUCCUUCUUAGGGAUCUGACUGCAGUAUAGGGAGCAGGUCACCAGGAUGAGCCCUUCUUGCUGGUAGGCCAGAUUGUGGGGGGAGGGAGGACUUCCCUCCCCUCCUGUCUUUCCACUUCUGCAUCACCACCUGCCCUCACAUCCUGGGGCAGCAGCUGGACAACCAAUGGACCUCAGUGCCAGGGUAUUCUUCCUCCAGCUGGGAUCUGUGGCUGCCGGCUGCAUAUGCCUCCUGGCUGUGUGCUCCUCUUCCCCACACCGUCUGCCCCUUCCUCUUUGUAUCUUCCAGUGUCUGGAUACUACCUAGGCUUUUCAGCAGCAAGGCAGGGACUGUUGGGGGAGGGGGCACAUGGCUAUCCUUCACCGGUGUUCCUUGACUAGGGGAAGCUGCUACCAGUCAGCUUGUUUUGCUUUUUAAAGUGGGGUGGGAGAUGACACUCAGGAUGCUCAAGAUUUAAAAGUCGCCCAUCAUUUGCACAAAUUUCCAUAUCGUGCUAAGUCCUGUUCCAUAUUUGAUUGUGGUCCAAGCUUGAUUAUACUCAGACUCAACCUUGAGGGCAUUAGAAAGAGUUUUGUAUCAAAUCCAAAUGGUAAUGGGCAUACUGUUCAGGUCUAGAGUCCUCUCAGGAGCCCCUUUGUUCCUGUAUCCUCCCUUUUCUGUGAGUCCCAUUGGGGUUGGGGGUGGCAGUAAAUGAAUGACAGGAGCUCAGCAUCUGAGAACUCUUGCUUCCUUCUCUGGCUGUCAUCCCCGUCCAAGAUAGGCUGCUAUCACUCGUCAGCCGGUGCUUUCUCUCCCCCUCCCAAGGCAGACCACCCUUCCUCCAUGACACUGGCCUACCCUGUCUCUCAUUGUCCCCACAUUUCCACCCCCAUGCAUGGCUGCUGUGGGUCUUGUUUUUUGAACCUCACUGUGGGAGAUCCAGGCAUACCCCCUGAGCCAGCUGGCUGCUGUGCCAAGGCCUGUUCAGAGUUAAUAAUAAUCAUUAGUUGAAUGGCGCUGGGGCCUUUCAGCUCCAGAUCUCUAAGCACUUGCAGGCUGACUCAGCCAGCCUUCACCUUCCCCCUCUUCUGGGCUUUGGAGUGUAAUAGCAUGGGAAGGCACUGUGGGAGAGGGAGUCUGGAUUCUUGCUGCCUGACCAUGCCUGAGGAUUUUCUCUGAGAGUAAGCAGUGAGGCCAAGGUACACAGAGAAUAUAGUAUGCUCAGCAGAGACCACCAUGGCUGUGGUAGCUGAUAACCCCAGACCUCUAGAACUCCUGUGUACUUGCCUUGGCCUCUGCAAGGCACUCCACCUGAAUGCCCUUAGGCAAGCUUAGAGAGCAAGAAACUUUCUGGGUUAGUACCCCCAAUACCCUUGUCUGUGACUGGCACAAAACAAAAAACAAACAAACAAAAAAAAACUAUGUGUCAUGAACUGAAAGGUUCAUCAGCCUGGACACCGAGAAAGCUGCUAUAUAAAUGUCUCAGCUCCUAACACUGGGUGGCAUAAGCAAACUAUUUGCUUCUCAUCCUACCUCACAGGGAUGUUGUGAGGGUCAGACAAGAGAACAAGGUUCAAAGCAUUAAACAAAUGGAAACCAGA